AUUAAGAAAGGAGCAGCGGAUUAGCUGCACCAUAUUCUUUGGUGGUAUUCAAUUGUCUUUCUUAUCUCUUCUCUGUUUAGUUUUCCCAAGCCCAUACACCCUCUUGUGCCACCAUAUUUGCACACUUUUUAAUACUGUAACUUCAUUAUUUCUGUCUUGAUCACAUUUCCCAAGCUCAGUUUCUGAACUUAAAAGUGCUUCUCUUUACCUCUCUUUCUUUGGUCAUAAACUCAUAAAUCCCCCAACUUCAAAAGUCUCUAUUCUUGUUUCUUUCUGUUCCCCAACUCCAACACAAAGCUAAGUCUUCUUCAGUUUUCUCAAGGUAUGGAGAGUGAGAAAGUAAGCCAUGUGGAAGCAAAUAACAAUACAGAAGACAACACAAGGUCAUUUCCAUGUUUAUAUUGUUCAAGAAAGUUUCACAGUUCACAAGCAUUGGGAGGACAUCAAAAUGCUCACAAGAAAGAAAGAACAGCAGCCAGAAAGAACAAGAGAUCAAUUAUGUCAUCUCAUCAUCAUCAUCAUCACCAUGACUAUGCUGCUAACUUCUCUUCACUACUCCCACAAGGGGCACCACUUGUUUUUGCACCUAACCAUCAUCAUCAUCAUCAUCCCAUUGGCCUUUUUAAUCACCCUUCUCUUUACAUAACUGCUCAUGCAGCCAACUUCUGUCACUUCCCACCCGGACAACAACAACAGCAGCAGCAGCAACAGCUUUCUAGAUUUGGAUCAAAUGGAGCGCCGAGAUUCGAGAACAAUAAUGCAGCAACAAUGCUCUAUCGAAUGGAUAAAAAUUAUAAUAACAACCCUUAUGUCUGCGAGGGAGAUUCAAAAUGGCAAAGCUGUAGCCAAAGAUGCAAUAGUGAUGAUAUCUUUGAAGAAUGUCAAGAGAACGUACCCAGUUUUGCUAAGGACGAUAGAGAUCAGAAGCUUGAUUUGUCACUCCAUCUAUAAUUUUUCUUUGGCUCCUUUUUUUGUAUGGGAUUUUGAAAAAAAAAAAAAGAAGUGCCAAAAAUAAUUAUACUUUGGCGAAACUUGUAGUUACGCAUUCUGAACUUUGAACUUUGUGGGGUUCUAUUACUUUCUUGGACUAUUUUUUUUAGUGUAUUUAACUAUGCCAGUUAAAUACGGUAGAAAAUAGUAUAGGGGUCAUAGGACCUUAGUAUGCGUAACUACAAAUUUCGCCUAAAUACAAGUAUUUUUAGCACAUUUUCCCCGGAUUUUUGGGUUUUAUUUAGAAUGCCCAUCACUCUUUAUAUUUUUUUUUUUUUUUUUUUUUAAUUUCUCAAUGAUUAUAAUAGCUAUUCUGAAUGACUACGUUGAAGAUUAUUUUUAGAGCUAACUGCAAUAUAAUUUUAGAAUUGUUUAGCGAUUAUUUGAAUGAAAUUAAAAAAAAAAAUAGUACUACUUGAAGUUUAAGAAAAAGAAAAAUAUAGGGUAGUUAGCAAAUUUUAAUACAACCAAAGUAACUCGUGAACCACUGAAAAUCCUGUAUUAUUUAUUUAAAUAAAUCAACUUUUUUGAUGAAAAAUGUUUUUACCUUUACUAGUAGAGUCAUUAAAACAAAUCAAAAUGAUUAAAAAGAAUAUUGCCUGUAAGAUCAUUUGAUUAAAAUUCAGCAUCUUUUUACAUGCCAUUUUAUUCUUUAUUCCCACUCCAAUUGUGACCUUGUUAUAUUAAUCUUAAUCUAGUUAAUAAUUAACAAACAAAAAAAAAACAAUUAGAUUUGUAAUUAAUAAAAAGGAAGUCAACUCUCUUAUAAGCAACAUAUUUUUGCGAUAAAAGAUAAUAUUGUA